CUUGGCUGCCCAAUUCUUCUGACUCAGCAGCUAAAAUCACUAUUAUUAUGCGGCUGACGUUAGCUUUGCGGUUGAGUGCUGUUAUGUCUAUGCAGAAAAAUGCAACAGGAGCAGCAGCUGCAUAAACAACAAAAACAAAAUUGAAUGCGUAUCGCCAGUUAAUUGAGGGCUGAAGAAAAAAAUAACGGCUUUACGAUAGCCAACUAUCAAUCAACCGCCCACACUAAUUAAUUUGACAUAUAAGUCUGAACAGAAUUGAAGUCCAAGUAAUCGAGACCAACAGCUGCCACGGAAACGGCACAACACAUCAGACUUUACUCUCAAAAAUAGUAGGAGGCAAAAAAUAAACGUACAGCACACAUACCCACACAAAAUGCAGUGCGGCCUAGAGCAAAUGAACGACUGUGAACGCUCGCCGAACCGGACCAAUCUCCGCGUCAACUUCAACGAGAAGGGUGCUGAGGUGAAGGAGCGACGCGAAAAGUUCCUCACCGCCAAAUAUGGUUCACAUCAGAUGAGCCUGAUACGUAAACGCUUGGCGGUUGAGAUGUGGCUGUAUGAUGAACUGCAGAAACUCUUUGAUCCACCGCGGCUCCUUUCGGUCUGCAAACGCCCACAGUCGGACAUAUCGAAAUUCAUAAGUGAUUUACUUGAUCGUGCAAAGACGCUGUAAAUUAGCUGCGCUGGCGCGUUUGUUACUUUAGUUUUUUAUGUGUAAUUCCACGCAAAAAACGAAUAUAUAAAUUAUAAAUUUAGUUAAAACAAAAAAAAAACUAAAACAUAAUUCAGUUGAUAUUAGCGUUUAGCUCUCUACAAGUAUAUAAUAUUUUUUAAAUUUAUUGAUCUUAUUUGAUUUUAUUUUCUUUAUCAGAAAAUCAAUUUAGUUAAUUUACUUUAAUUGUAUUUAACCUUAUUUAUUACUAAGCACAAACGAUAAUUUAAAUAAAAAAACUUUUGUAUCAAGUCGCAGAAUAUAAAUAACACAUUAGAUUUUAAUCGGUUACAUAGUAAACACGAAACAAAGUAAAAAUAAAAAAACAAAAGUGUAGUAUAACCAAAAAAUAUUCAUACAAGCUAAGUCUAAUACUAGAUUACAGAAAUUAUAGUCGCAUUAAAAUUAAGGCAAAGUAAAAGCAUGACAACACAGAACAAGAAGAAAUCUCAAACCAAAAGAAAUUCGCGAAAAAUAAAAUAAAAAUAAAGAAUCAAAUAAAUAACUUUAAUUUGUAUGUGAGGCAAAGCUGACGUUGAUUAUUGUAUAUCACUGUAUUUAUACAGUAUGGUGGUAGAAAUAGGCUUCUGAAGUAAAACAAAAAAAAAAAAAUCUUAAUUGUAUUCAUCAAAAAAGUCAUCUCACAAACUUCAUACAUAUUUACAUUUAAUGCUUAAAAUACACUUGUAUGUACGCAAUUUAUUUGCAAGAUUAAAAUAACAGACUAGAUUACAAGCACUCAGCUUUGAGAAAUAACAAAGUAACUUACAUUUUUGGUUUCUUUUUUAAGCGUGAAAAUUUUUAAGUCAAACCCUAACACUUUAAUGACAAAGAAAGAGGCAUUAAAGCCCAGUAAAAAAUAGCGUUAUUUUCCCGAUGAGCAUACUAGCAAUUUUCCAAAAGUGUGCUUUUAAUCAAAAAAAAAAAA